AUGCCGACAACGGCUCCCUUGAUGCAGUCUUCCCAUACGGCUGGGCCGAGCACUUGGAAGGGACGGGGUGGCAACUCCGUUCCUGUGGCUCCUAAGAGCUCAGCUCCCAGUGUCAUGGCCAACUUGUUUGCUUCGAAAGGCUUUGGUAAGGGGAAAGGAGGAUAUAAUGGUGGUAAAGGAGGGUACGAUGGUGGUAAAGGAGGGUACGAUGGAAGUAAAGGAGGGUACGAUGGUGGUAAAGGAGGGUACGAUGGAAGUAAAGGAGGGUACGAUGGAGGUAAAGGAGGGUACGAUGGAAGUAAAGGAGGGUCCGAUGGUGGUGGUAAAGGAGGGUAUGGUGGUGGUAAAGGAGGGUAUGAUGGAGGUAAAGGAGGGUAUGAUGGUGGUAAAGGAGGGUACGAUGGUGGUAAAGGAGGGUAUGGUGGUGGUGGUGGUGGUAGAGGAAAGGGCUUUUACCAGGAAGACUCGAGCCCAGAUGACCGGCCAGAUGAGAGGACUGGAGGGAAUGCAAUGGAGAUCACCAAUCUCCUACCUAUGUUCCGAGACGAGGGUUCGUCCCCUAGUGAUCACGUGUCAGACCAGCAACCACAGCAACAGUCUCAGGCCCCUCUGGCUCCAUCGCAAGGUCCCACGAGGCAACAGACUCUGUCCGCUGAAGGCUCGGAUGAGGAUACGGGCCAGGGUGAUCGGCCUAGUAUGGAGCAUCUGAAGCAGGAGUUGGGGAUGCUCCAGCAUAAGCUGGAGCAGCAAAGGAACGAAGGACGGCAGGUGAUGCAGUCAGCUGGACAGGGCGAAGGAUCGUCGGGGGCUGCCGUGUCGCGGUUCGAGGACUCGUAUCAGGAUCAGCGCCUGGUGGCUAGCACACCGGUGGGACAGCCUGAGGGAUAUGAAGACACCUAUCCCGACCAGUAUCCCAGCAGGGACCAGGCUCCGAGGACCGAGUCUGGUAGCCGUGGCUAUCAGGAGGAUGCCCCGCCACCUCCUACGGGGCCUGUUGGUGACGCCCCACCGGGGGCUCUGCUGGGGCAUCCUCACCAGCAGCAGACUGUGGAUCAACGGUAUUUGCAGCAAGCGAACAGUCAGUUUUUGCGACAGGCGCCCCUGCAAGAGGCGAGGCCUCGUGUGAUAGGAUACGAGCACAUGAUUGGAUCGAAUCUGAGUCGACAUCAAGAGCAGCUGCCCGUACAAGGCGGCAGUGGACAGGCCCCCUAUGUUGGAGGCUACCAACAACAACAGGCUCAUAGUAGCGAUGGGGAUACUCGCAUGUAUCCUAGUGACUAUGAUGGACGUUCGAGAGGGGAGGUCGGCACAGUACCCAUCAGGCAGGCGCCUCAGGAUGAAGAGCGGGGACAUGACCGAGAUCUGCCGCCUCCGAGACGGGAAGACUUCGCUCCUGAUCCUCGCCCGACUCUUAUUCAAAUACGGAACAGCGAGUCGAGACUACAACACCAGCAACAUCAGCAGCAGCAUCAGCAGCAGCAUCAGCAGUCAGGCUUCUCUCCGGAUGAUCGGGUUGACCCUUUUGAUUCGAGACGGGAUCCUCUCCUCCCCCAAUCCAUCUCUAGAGACGAGUACGACCAUGAAUACUACCGUCGGGCCCCUCCCUCAGCGGUCGAGCCUCGCUAUGAUGUGAUCCAACGGGCAGAGGAAGGGUCGAGUCCCUGGUGGCCUCAUAAGGACCGGACAUACCGGGAUGAAAUCCAACAAGUGCGGGACACUCGUGCGAGAUUCGCCAGAUCCAGACCAGAUGCCUGGUAUGCUCGGCCAGCCUUGGGUCGCCGUAGGAUGCCUAAGUUCCGCUUUGAGCCUAGUGAACGCAGGAUGCUGUUCGUUGACGAUGCGAACCAGCUUGUGUGUACACCCUUCGACCUUCCAGUAGCGGACAUGUAUCGAGGGAUAACAAAGGAUGGUAUUGACAAGAUGUCUGUGGAGGAGCUCAGGUCGUUGAGGGCGGCAUCCCAGCAGGAACGGCAUCGCUUGGAUGAGUAUCGGCAAGGGAGCCUCAACGUAUUCGGGGACGUUGUUACUCGCAUCUACAAUCUGGACUAUUCCCCUGUGGUGGAGCCUCACCCCAGGAUGGUCUGGGGCAUGGAGGGCUUCGAUCGAGCCCCUACGCGGACGUCUGAUGACCGCGAUUUAAUUAGUUUCGACAGAAAGUCAGUUAACUCUUCUCUGGACGGCCAGAGGUACAGCGAAGCCGCGCCGGUUCGAACGCCGGAUUCAGGGAUGCUGCCGGGGCCGCCGAGGGCAUUAGGACCUCCCUUGACGGACUCUGUAUCGUCGCUACGCAGUCCUCCAGUGGAGCCUGUGAUGCCUAUGCGGGGGUUCCAACAGUGGGAAGAAGCCCCGUCGAGAAGUUCAGGCCGGGCUGAUUCUGUCCCAGAUGGCUGCUGUCCGAUGUGCCACGCCAAGUUUCCAGACGAGGAUUCGCUACAGCAGCAUGCGGAGACCUGCAACGACCAAUGCCCGGAGCGGACGGAGUUGCCAUGGGGACUUGGCGUAGGGGAGCCGGUGAUAGUGAAGAGCUCUUACACCCCGGAUGAAGGCGAUGAAAAUCAGCUACCUGUGAAUGUCGGUGAUGAGGUCCUCUUGUCGGAGAUGGAUCACGACGACUCCGGUUGGACCAUGGUCAAUAAGGACGGCAUUUUGGGUUGGAUCCCAACGGCCGCAAUAUCACUUUCUUCCACUUCGGCAGUAGCAGCAGCUUUCUGCCGUUGCGGCUCUUCCCGGGCCGCGGCGACUUUGCUUGUUCGUCCAUUCACUCCAGUGAGGGUUUGCUCUCUCAGUGGUCGGUAUCGGUCUGCUACUGAUGUGCGGUUCCUAUCAUCAUCAGCAACACGCACGCCGAAGGAUAAGGAGCUACUGAAGGGUAUACCUAAGAAUGUGGUGGAUGAGAAAACAGGCUCCAGCAAGCCCGCUACAUUGAGUACCAUAUUGACGAAGAAAGAGACGCGAGAGGAGAGUUGGGAAAUUAUGAAGUACAUGAGCAGAUUCGUAUGGCCACAGAACCCGGCCUUCCGGCUAAGAGUAUUGAGCUCAGCUGCGUGCAUAGUGUUGGCCAAGUUAGCGACAAUACAAGCACCGAUACAAUUGGGGGCGCUGAUCAACUCUUUGUCCGUGCCGGUCACAGCUGUGACUACCCCUCUGUUGCUGCUCUCAUCGUUCGUCCUGGCCAAAAUCUGCCAGUCGGCUUUCACUGAGCUGCGUGGGAUCAUUUUCGCCAAUGUAUCUCAGGAUGCGUGUCGACGCAUAGCACGGAAAGCUUUCGAGCACGUCCACACUCUAGAUGUUAGCUUCCUCAUCGGUUCCCGCAGUGGGGAGGUCCAGGCCAUCAUAUCGAGAUCAUUGCGGUCCGUAACGAGCAUGCUGAAUAUGAUGCUAUUCAAUAUGAUACCAACAGCUCUCGAGUUCUCCCUGGUGCUAUGGAUUCUCGCCACCCAUGCUGGAAUACCAGCAGCUUUGAUCACUACAGCGACCAUGGCCGCCUAUGUUGGAUUCACAACUCACUAUACAACGAAGCGGAAUGAGUAUCGCCGGAAGAUGAACAUGGCCGAAAAUGAAGCAAAUGCUCGUCUAUUGGAUUCCGUCAUAAACGCCGAGUCUGUGAGGUUCUUCGCAAACGAGAAGAGAGAGGCGGACCUGUACGACCAGUCCCUGGCUAGAUAUGAGCAGGAGAAUAUUCGUGUUCUGAAGUCGUUGGGUCGUCUUAACUUCGGUCAGCAGCUAAUCUACCACACGGGCCUAUUCGCCACCCUAUUCAUCGCCCUCAACCAGUGUGCCGCUGGGCUCCUCCCUGUAGGGGAUCUUGUUAUGAUAAAUACUCUCCUGAUGCAGCUAUCUAGUCCAUUGAAUCUGAUUGGUAUGGUCUAUCGCGAGACUACUAUGAGCCUAGUGGACAUGAGCAAACUGCAUGCCUUGAUGAAGAUCCAGCCCUCGAUCAAAGAUGCCCCCGACGCCAAGGAUCUGGUCCUCAAGGGCGGCGAGGUAUCCAUCAAGGACCUCACGUUCGACUACGGCUCGGAAUCGCGGAAGAUUCUCAAUGGCUUCUCAUUGGACAUCCCUGCCGGCCAUAGAGUAGCGAUAGUCGGGUCAUCAGGAGCUGGAAAGUCUACUGUACUGCGGCUACUACUGCGAUUAUACGCGCCUAGUAGUGGUUCCAUCACUAUUGAUGGUCAGUCGAUCGACUCGGUGACUUUGGCUUCCCUUAGGAAGAAUAUUGGUGUGGUACCGCAAGACUGCUCACUCUUCCACGAUACUGUCUUCAACAAUAUACUCUAUGGUCGUCUAGAUGCUACAGAGGAGGAGGUUAUUGCAGCUGCUAAGCUUGCUGAGAUUCAUAACACCGUUAUGGACUUCCCUAAGGGGUAUCAAACAUUGGUCGGAGAGAGAGGACUCAAACUGAGCGGAGGGGAGCGUCAGAGGAUAGGCAUAGCUAGAUGUAUAUUGAAGAACCCGGAGCUGGUAUUGUUUGACGAGGCGACUUCAGCGUUGGACUCUGAGACGGAGCAGACGAUCCUAAAGGGUUUCGAACAACUGACGGCGUCGCGGACGUCACUCAUUGUGGCCCAUCGGCUAUCCACUGUUAUGAACUGCGAUACUAUAUGCGUGUUAGAUGAGGGCAGGAUCGUCGAGAAAGGUUCUCACAAGGAGCUCAUGGGCAUUGCUAAUGGAAAGUAUCGGCAGCUAUGGGAGCGGCAGUUCCUCAUUGACGAGACCGAGACUCUUGAUGAGGCCUCUACAGAUAGCAAUGCUCCCACUCACUGAUUCAUCCGAACUGUCUCAGCUACUUGUGAUGUUCGCAAAAUGUGAAUUGCAAAGUUUCCAAUCCU